AUGGACGGACCGGGGAGUGGAGGAGAUAUAGGGCGUGGGCAGCGUGUGGCGGAGCGUGGCGAUCUCUGCGCGAGGGCGCGGCCACGGCGCUGCUACGUCACGUCCGUCACCGCCGUCACGCAACCCUUUGCCGUAACCGCCUCCGACCCACACACGUGGCGCCGUCCCGCCCGCCCUCGCCCGCGUCCCCCCGUCAGACCCCGUCAGAUGACUCGCAGCCCUCGGCCCUCGUCCGUCACGCACGUCACGCACCGCGUUCCCCGCCCUCCCCAGCGGCCGUUGCCCGGUCCCGGCCCCCGCAUCGCACCCGCAUCGCACCCGCAUCGCCCACUCCUCCUCCUCCUCCUCCUCGGCCCUUCCCUCUUCCCUUUUGCACCCACAUCAUCCGCGCAAUCCGUGCACGGCACCCGAUCGCAGGCUUCCAUGCCGUCCAUCCGUCCGCACGUCCCUCCCAUCCCGUGCCUUUUCCCCUCGCCUCGCCCCCAACGCUGUCCUCCCCGCUCGCCGCUCGCUCCACAUCCCCUCCGUCUGAUCGCACCAGUCCGGCGCGUCCCCGCAAAGCCUGCAGAGGCGCGUCGUCCAGCUGACCUCUCCCUCUCCCCUUCUCAGACCCUCUCGGGGCGCCCAAUGCCCAUCCCACCCACCCGAACGGCCACACGCCCCCGCCGCGCUGACGCCUGCCACCCCCGCGACACCUCCUCUCCAGCACCCACCGCGGCCCCCAGACGCUCCCAAUCUGCACCGCACCUCCCAGACCCGCUUCUCCCGUCCCGCGCGACGCCACCCCACGCCCUCCACACGCGCCCGCCUUCCGUCCUUCCCUUCUUCGCCCGCUCGAGGCCCCCCACACAACGCGCCACGACGAUCGCCCGCAAUCCGGAACCGGCGCAGCCGUCCCACCCCAAGUCGGAUGCGCACUCGCCUGACCGCGUUCCGCCCGCUUUCCGCCCCUAG